AUGGCUCCCUCAAGAAUCGACUCGAGCCCCGAGCCUCAACUGGAGCAUAACUCUGGCAAACCGACGGUCUAUCUGAUCGACGAGUACCACCCCGAUGCUGUCAAGCACUGCAAGACUCUCUUCAACGUCAUUGGUCCUCAAGAUCCAGAGAUCAAGAACUGGAGACAGAAUGCCCGAUACCUUCUAGUCAAAGGAUCACAAGUCACCGCAGAAGAUAUCGCCCAAGCCAAGGAUCUCAAAGCAAUUGGCAAGCAGGGUGUAGGCAUUGACAAGAUCGAUGCUGCCGCUUGCAAGGCCGCUGGCAUCAAGAUCUUCAACACACCCGGUGUCAAUUCAAAUGCUGUUGCGGAGCUUGUCCUUGCGCUUACCAUGAGUGUGGCUCGUGAGAUUCGUCCGAUCGCGCUCAGACAAGGAGCCGGUGAAGCGGUGUCAAAAGCCACUUGCUCCGGUCUCAUCCUCACAGGUCGUAGCAUUGGCCUGAUCGGCAUGGGCAAUAUCAGCCGUCGCGUCGCCGAGAUAUUCCGUGGCGCUUUCGGCUCGCAUAUCAUCGCAUACGACCCCUUCUUGCCUGCGGACGCAUGGUCAGAUCUUCCUCAUGAGCGUGCUGCAUCUGUCGACGAAGUUCUAUCAGCAGAUGUCGUCUCAAUACACGUGCCUUUGGUCAAGGACACCAGAAAUCUCAUCUCUUACGCCCAGCUCGAGCGAAUGCAACCAACGUCGAUUCUCAUCAAUGCUGCAAGGGGCGGUAUUGUCAACGAAGCAGACCUUGCACGUGCCCUUCACCAAGGCCUGAUCUGGGGUGCUGGCCUCGACUGUCAUAUGCAAGAGCCUCCAACCAAGGAGAUGUACGCCAAGCUGUGGUCAAGCCCGAGAGUAGUUAGCACACCGCACAUUGGAGCUGCGACAGAUCAGACACAGAUGGAAACCGCCAAAGCAGCGGUUGACUUCUUGUUCGAUUUUGCCAAGCAGUAA